UCUGUAUAAAUAUGGCGUCCAAGGAGAACCCCACGAGCACAACCGACCUAUCAAAGAGUUACCUUGGAAAACGGAGGCAUUCUGAAUCAGAGGAUACACUUACAGGAGAAUCAUCGGACAACAAUUGUCCUCCACGUUCGUUUACAGUGAAAAGGACGUCGAGUGAGAGUUCUGAGAUUCAGUCUCAGACUUCAUCAAACGCGAGUCACAUCGGCAUCGACCAUAUUCCAAAGGAGACAAGAGACUGGACGGAAGAAACUAUUUUUAAUAAUCUGCAAAUUAAAGACAUGCUAAGCCCAUCUCCUCUCGAUGUUUUCAAUAACGGAUAUGUUGACUGUUUCUUGAAAAACCAUGCAAAAAUUAGAGAUUACAUGUUAAGGGUAGACAAAGACCAUCAACACAGAUCAAAGCACGACUGCUAUGAAUUUGCACUUAACAAAGCAUUUGAUGUAGACUGCAGUGUUCUUAGUGAUGUAACAAUUUCUAAAGCAUUGCAGUUAACUGAAGAGUUCAAAAAACCAUUUGAGGACUCAUGUUUUGCCAAAUGGCUGUUUGUAAAUGAAAAACACGAAAGUAAGGACAUGAGAAAUAUCUGCAAAAACAUAUAUCCACGAUUACAGCAAUUUUGUGAGCAGCUACUGGUUAUGGUGGAGUGUACACAUACUAGCCAGAAUUCUGAUAACCUGACAGAGGCUAUGUAUCGAGAAUUAUUUGUGACCUUUUUGAGAAUAUUUGGUGUUACUGUUUUAGCUGUUCCAAAUCUGUGUGCUUAUCAUCUGACAAUUGGGGACAGGAUAGUAACUUCAAUACCUGAUGCUGUUGUUUGUAGCUAUGUUAGGAAUGGAGAAGAAGUAAACAAGAAAGUUAUUGCUGUUGUAGAGGUAAAGAAAAACUACACCAGACACUCAAAUCUGGAAACUGUGAGGCAGACCAGAAAUUCGGAAAGGAAGACAUCAGUUAUUAAGCAUAUUGAUUCUGGACUAAAAGGCCAGCACGCUGGAGAAAUGUUAGCGGUUAUUCCUUCAUCUGUAUUUGAUUCUAAUGGAAUAUAUGGAAUCAUAGUACAGGGAACAAUGAUCACUUUUGUAUCCCUGGCAACAAGUCAAGAAUAUUGUAAUAACCUUAAUGAAGGGAAAAUGAAGAAUUGUCAUGCUACAAUAAAGUACAGCAAUGCAGUUAAUAUGCUGUCUACCAAGGGAAGACAAGAACUUGUCAGUACCUUCCUUGGAAUGUCAACUUUACUUGAUUGUAUGUCACAGGAAAUAAUGAACUAGGAAAUGCAGUGAAAAGGGACACAAGCUGAUUUUUACUCAAGAAGGAAGCCGUGAGUCAAAGUGUUUGCAUAAGUAUUUGCACCUUAUGUGACCAAUCGAAGAACUUGCUAUGGCUUUUAAAUUUUAGAAAUUACAGACAGCCAAUAGAUUAUUCACAGUCUAAGCAAAAUGCCGCAACCAAUGCCUUCAAGCAGCACAGAUAGUCAAUGAUGCCAUGGUUAGUCAUUCCGACCACACAGCACCAGCAGGUAGCAGCCCUUAUGUACACAACCUUCAGAGGUCCACUUACCGUCUACGUGAGAAAAGCAGACCAAAAGAUCCAACAGAUUUAAACUUUGAGGUAUGAUUUGAACCAAGUGAAUGGUUCCUUCCAGUAUUAUCAGAAUAUUUACAAUAAUUAUAUGAUUGAUAUGAAAUUUAUUAUCCGAAAAUUUAAUAAAAUUGAUAUAAGAAGAUGUGGUAUGAGUGCCAAUGAGACAACUUUCAAUCCAAGUCACAAUUUCUAAAAGUAAACCAUUAUAGGUCAAAGUACUGACUUCAACUUAUUCAAAAUAAUUAAUACCUUAACUUAUUCAAAAUAAUUAAUACCUUAACUUAUUCAAAAUAAUUGAAAUGUAAAAACACAGCUCAGCAACAUGAACAUUAGUGCGUCCUUCAACAAUGUGCAAAACCCAACCUCAUAGCAAAUAUUAAACAUUUUAUAACAUUAAACUAAUUUGUUUAUUACACUAAAUAUACAGUGUAAUGUAAUAGUAUUUAAACAGUUAUACAAUAGUUGCUAUAAAAGGUUCAAAUUUAGUGCCAUAUAUAUGUGCAUAGAUAUAUAUGCUUGUUUGCCAUUUUGGCAUUACAGAAUUGUUAUUAUUAGAGCUUUCUGUUUAUAUUGUUUUGUAUAUGCAUACCAACAGAAAAAUAAAAUUAACUAACAAUUAUGUCAUUAGGAAAGAUUUAUGCAAGUUGAAGCAAAGGAAAAAAAUAUAAUAUGAAACAAGUAUAACAUUUUAAACUUAGUAAAAAUAAAUUAAAUAGUCCUGAGAAGAUCUCAUGUGUUUAUAUAUGCUUGUUUGCCAUUUUGGCAUUAUAGGAUUGUUUUUAUUAGUGCUUUCUGUUUAUAUUGUUUUGUAUAUGCAUACCAACAGUAAAAUAAAAUAUUUGUUAAGUCUG